UUGAUAUGAAUAAAAAAGCAAGUUACCAUUUUUAAGAAAAGAUUUGGAAGUAAGAAACUUAAAUCUGAAGAGAUUGAAGCAAUGACGACAGGAACACAAGCGUACGGUGAAUCAUGGUAUUGGGACAACCGGUACACCAACGAACCAGGUCCUUUUGAUUGGUACCAAAAAUACAUUACUUUGUCUCCCAUCAUCAAUCUCUAUGUUCCAACUAACCAAUCUAUCCUUGUUGUUGGUUCUGGCAAUUCAGCAUUUAGUGAAGGCAUGGUUGAUGAAGGUGGUUACAUGGAUGUUGUUAACAUUGAUAUAUCUUCUGUGGUCAUUGAUGCUAUGCAGAAUAAAUAUCAAGAUCGUCCUCAAUUGAAGUAUAUGAAAAUGGAUGUAAGAGACAUGAGUGCUUUUGAAUCAGAGUCUUUUGGUUCUGUUAUUGACAAAGGGACUCUUGAUUCUAUCUUGUGUGGAAACAAUUCAAGACAAAAUGCUACUAAGAUGCUUGAGGAAAUUUGGAGGGUUCUCAAGGAUAAAGGAGUCUAUAUUCUGGUGACGUAUGGUGCUCCACUAUAUCGCCUACGUUUGCUACGCGAUUCGUGCUCGUGGUCAAUUAAACUCCAUGUGAUAGAGAAACUAGCAUCAGAAGAAAAAUCUGAUGAUCCAAUUUGGGAGCUGACAAAACCUAUUCCACUUAAUAAUGAUGGAAGCUCUGUGGAUGAAACUCUAGGACCGAAUCCCGACGUCCAUUAUAUAUACAUUUGCACUAAGGAAAUUUCUGCUAACUAAAACGUAAAAGCAUGAAUGGGCGGUUUAGCAAGGAAGGCAUGCAUUUUCACUCUACAAAUUUGUGUUAACUACUCUUUCACUCUAGGUUGAUCCUAUAAUUUGUAAUGUCUAAUCUAAAGUUAAUGAUGUUUUCUUUACAACAAUUAUUAUUAGUAUUAUGAUUUUCUCAUCUCUUGUGUGAUCUAAUGAUUGUAGCAUUUGUUCAAUUUUAGAUUAGAUUGAUUCUAUAAGUUUUAUGUUAACUGGACCAUUUUAUAAUGCAGUUGUAAUUGUUCCCUUAUCCUUUAAACUUUAUAAUGGCUAUUUAAUUUUGAUGCUGCCA